UUUUCUUACAUCCAAGUUUUUUUUUUGCACAAAACCAACAUGUUGCCAUUCAUUUUUUUCGGCUAAAGAUAUACUCAUAGAUGAUAUUAUUUGUUACAAUCGUAUGCUCAAAUAAUAUAUUUCCAAUCCCCAGUCAAGCCGCCAUGUUUCCCAACAAUUUUUUCAAAAUGAAGAACUUUGCCAAUCCGAAAACGAUGUUCAAAAGCUGCGCCAGCAACGAUGAUUAUCCCUCACAGGGCCUUCAGAAAUCCGAAGCCGCUCCGGCAGGCCCUCAAUCCACUGAAAAAUCCACUGCUCAAUCCCCUGCUCAAUCCACUGCUCAAUCCACAGCUCAACCCGCAGCUGAACUAUGGAAGACUCAAGCUCCGAAAAAUACCGCGAAGAAGACCCCACCGCCAGAACCCCAAAAACAGGGAAAGAAUAAGAGUAAGGCUAAAAAGAAUCAAAAGAAUGUGCCUCGUACUCCUAGUCAGACGAGCAAAAGCAGUGGAAGCCACACGGAUGCCAAGAAGAAUCAAGCCAAGAAUGAAAAUUCAAAGGAUAAGAUGGGCCAGGGGAAAGAGAAAACCCAGGAGAAAGACAAAGUACAGGAGCUAGAGAAACUCCAAGUGAAGCAAAGGGUGCCGGAGCAGAAGAAAGUACCAGAAAAGAAAAAUGUGGUCGAGAAAGUGGCGGAAAAAAAGAUGCAGGAUAAGAGAAAUGUGCCCGAGCAGAAGUUGCAGGAUGAGUUGACGCCAGAGCAAAAAGUGUUAGAGCAGAAGAUCCAAAGGAAACUAUCAGAGCAAAAGGUUAUGGAUAGGAUGCUAGAGCCGAAGAUUUACCAGAAUACGUACCCAAUGGUUAAACCCAUUCCCCAACCGGAUCCACAGCCAGCUGUCAAUCACCAAAUCCAAAAGGAUGUUGUCAUGGUGGCCACUCUCGUCGCUCCACCGGACAAUGAGCCACAGAGCGAAAGCAGCGAGGACGACCUAUCCAUCGAGGUGGAACCGACCGAGCCUGACGAACCACACCAUCCACUGAACAACAGCUGGACUCUGUGGUAUCUGGAGAACGAUCGCACCAAGAGCUGGGAGGAUAUGCUGCACGAGGUGACCAGCUUCGAUACCGUGGAGAACUUCUGGAGCCUGAUAACACACAUCAAGCCGCCAUCGGAGCUCAAGAUGGGCAGUGACUACUGUCUGUUCAAGAAGGGCAUUCGGCCGAUGUGGGAGGAUGAGGCCAAUGUCCAUGGGGGUCGCUGGGUCAUCAGUUUGAGUAAGAACACCAAGACGGAUCUGGACAACUUCUGGAUGGACUCGAUGCUCUGUCUGAUCGGAGCGGCUUGUGAUCACUCGGAGGAAUUGUGCGGUGCCGUGGUUAAUAUUCGCGGCAAGUCGAACAAGAUCUCCAUUUGGACUGCAGACGGGGGAAAGGAGGCGGCUGUGUUGGAGAUUGGACGCAAAUUGCGCGAGGGUCUGCGCAUGGAAAGUGCCUAUGUGCUGCAGUAUCAGCUCCACAAAGACACCAUGGUCAAGCAGGGAUCUACCGUCAAGUCAAUAUAUACCCUAUAGUUAACCCAAUUCAACCCAACUGACAAGCCCAGGUCACAUUUUAGUUAUUUUAGGUAUAUUUUUUUUACCGAAGAACAUUCAAUCAUCCACCCGCUAACAACCAUCCAUUCGAACAUUCCCACAUCCAUUAUACUUCGUUCAGACGUCAAUCGGAUGCCAAAUCUGCAGUCAAGUCUUCCUUAUACAUGUUGUAACGUUGCUCUUGUGAAGCGAAAAAAUAUAUAUUCAAAUGAUUGUUUAUUCAUUUCAAA